AUGAAGGGCCAGAGCAAGAGAUUCGUGAGCCACAGCGGCGAGGCGUACGACAUGGGUGAGCCCCGAAAGGGGCGGCCGAGCGACGACACCGUGGGCUUCUUUGGCUUGUGGCGAUACUCGACGUGGGGUGAGCGGCUGGCCACGUUGUGCGGGGCGGCGCUGGGCUGUGUGAGCGCGGGCGGGCUGGUGCUGGCGCUGCUGGCCUACGGGGAGAUCACCGCGCUCUUCGUGCAGCGUCACCGCGCCUCUGCGCCCCCCGCCGACUCGCACCUCAUGCGCCUCUUCGGCGGCGGACGCUCGCUGCCGGACGGCGAGCGCGCGCUGCACAUGGACGCGCUGGUGGAGGACGCGGCGGCGUUCGCGUGGGCCAGCGCGGCCAUCAUGGCUGCCCAGCUCAUCGCCUCCGCGCUGGCGGUCACCCUCUGCAACCACGCCGCCGCCACUAUGGUAACGCGACUGCGCAUGCGGCUGUUACGCGCCGUAUUGAGUCAGGAGAUAGCUUUCUUCGACACCAACACCACUAUGAACUUCGCAGCCUCACUUACCGAACAGACGGAGAAGCUGCGGCAGGGCGUUGGCGAGCAGGUGGCGAUGACGGCCUACCUGGCAGGGACGGUGGUGCUGUGCUGUGCACUGGCGCUUUUCUACGGCUGGCAGCUGACGCUGGCCGCGCUGGCGCUGGUGCCGUUGGCGCUCCUCGUGGCCGCGCUCGUCGCUAGGUACCAGACGAGGUGGUCGGGAGAGGAGAUGGCGCGCCAGGGUUGUGCCGGGCGGCUGGUGGAGCAGGCCCUGGCCGCAGUACGCACUGUUCGCGCGUACGCGGGCGAGCAGCUUGAGGUCGACAGGUACGAGGCGGCGCUGCGCGAGGCGUCCGUGGCCUCGAGGCGGCGCGUGGCGUGGGCGGGCGCGGGCGCCGGCCUCGGCUGGCUGCUCACCUACGGCCUCAACGCAGUCGUCUUCGCGUAUGGCGCCCUGCUGGUGGCGCGCGACACCCCGCUGCCGCCGCCCGACCGCGAGUACCACCCCGGAGUCAUGGUCACGGUACUGUUCUGCACAUUCAUGGCGGCGCAAAACAUCGCGAUGUGCCAGCCUCACCUGGAGAUGUUCUCGGCGGCGCGGGGUGCGGCCAAGUCGCUGUUCAAGCUGCUGGAACGACGCUCGCGAGUCGACGCCCUGCAAGACGUGGGCACUAAGCCCGACGGCUUCAGGGGUGACAUCGUGUUGGACAACCUCUACUUCAAUUACCCGUCACGGCCUGAUGUCAAAGUUUUGCGUGGACUAACGUUGAGUGUGAAAUCUGGCGAGACGGUGGCGUUAGUAGGCGGAUCUGGCUGUGGCAAGUCCACUCUGCUUCAGCUGCUGCAGCGCGCCUACGAGCCCGACAGCGGCACCAUCACCGUAGACGGUCACCGCCUGCCCAGCUUGCAUCUGCACCACUACCGUCGCAGCAUCGGCGUGGUGGGCCAAGAGCCGGUGCUGUUCAGCGGCACCAUUCGCGACAACAUCACCCUUGGCAUGGAGAACGUUUCAGAAGCGGACCUCAUAGCAGCGGCCAAGACCGCUAAUGCUCACAAGUUCAUUAUAAAGUUGGUGAACGGUUACGACACAGUUCUGGGCGAGCGCGGCGCGCAGCUCUCUGGGGGGCAGAAGCAGCGCGUGGCCAUAGCGCGAGCGCUGCUGCGCCGCCCAGCGCUUCUGCUGCUGGACGAGCCCACGUCGGCAUUGGAUCCCGCCGCUGAGCGACAGGUCCAAGCUGCUCUAGACGCAGCAAGCGUUGGAAGGACGACGAUAGUGGUGUCACAUAGGUUGUCGACGAUAGUGAACGCGUCGCGCAUCGUGUACAUGGAGCAGGGCGCGGUGCUGGAGCAGGGCACGCACGCUGAGCUGCUGGAGCGCCGUGCGGCCUAUUGGCGCCUCGUCAACGACGACCUCACGCACAGAAGUAUAGAGACUACUUUGGCUGAAUCUGUCGCAGAAGGAGAUGACGACGACGUCGUCCUAGAGAAGAAACCGCAAGCAGUUCGACGUAACAGUAGCGUGUGUUCUAUAAGAAGUCGAAGAGGGUCCGUGGUUCGCGAAGGGUUCGCGCGCAGCAGCAUGCGACUGGCCACGCCGCCACCGCACUUGGAGGCGCCCUCGGAAUUAGAAGCAAUGGCGACUGUGGUUGAAGAAUGCGAGGAUGAUGAUGGUGAAACACAUCCGUCUGUAUCAAGCUGGCAGCUGCUAAAGCUAAACAGCGCCGAAUGGCCACUGCUGGUAGGCGGCGGCCUCGCUUCCCUCGCCAUUGGCGCCACCAUGCCAGUAUUUGCAUUCCUCUUCUCCAAGCUAUACGGGAUGUUCUCGCUGUCGGAGCCUGCGGAGAUAAUCGCCAAGUCGCAGGUGUACGCGGGGCUGUUCGCGUGCGUGGCGGCCCUCAGCGGGCUGGUGACGUUCCUGCAGGCUUGGCUGCUGGGCCGCGCCGGCGCACAGCUCACAGAUCGCCUGCGAGUGCUCACAUUUCGCAACUUUCUCGCACAGGAGCAAGGCUGGUUCGAUGUGCCCACCAACUCAGUGGGGUCACUGUGCGCACGGUUGGCCUCCGAUUGCGCUGCGGUGCAAGGAGCUACGGGGACUCGUUUGGGUACAAUGCUUCAGGGCAUCUCAACAAUGGUGCUCGGUGUCGGUCUCGCAAUAGCAUAUUCCUGGAAAAUGACAUUAGUCAGCCUUUUAAGCGUACCUUGUGUGAUCGGCGGCAUCUGGCUGGAGGGGGCGGUGGCGAAGCGCGCCGAGGAGCGGGAGCUGCGCGCCCUGCAGCGCGCCGCGCGCCUCGCCACGGAGGCCGUGCUCAACGUGCGCACCGUUCAGAGCCUCGGCGUGGAGCUGGUGAUCCUGGAGCGGUACGCGGCCGCGUUGCGCGAUUCGGAGGCGCAAGCGCGGGGCGUGCGUUGGCUGCGCGGCCCCGUCUACGGCCUGUGCCUGUGCGCGCCCACCUUGGGCUACGCCGUGUCGCUGGCCUACGGCGGCUACCUGAUCGCACGCGAAGACAUGCCCUACGAAUACGCCAUACUGGUGUCGGAGGCGCUGAUCUACGGCGCGUGGAUGUUGGCGGAGGCGCUCUCGUUCGCGCCCAACUUCGCGGCGGCAAAGCGCGCGGCCGCCCGCGUCGUCUCCGCCCUCCAGCGCAAGCCUCUCGUCCUCACGGAGCCCACGGCCCUCGACGACCCCCACUGGAGUGCCACCGGCGACAUAAACUUCGAGAACAUCCACUUCCGAUACCCGACGCGGCCGGAGGUGGAGGUGCUCAGGGGGCUGCGGCUCUCGCUGGCGGCGGGGCGGACCCUGGCGCUGGUGGGGCCCAGCGGCUGCGGCAAGUCCACGCUGCUCCACUUGCUCAUGCGCAGCUACGACCCCGACGGCGGCCGCGUGACGCUGGACGGGCGCGACAUAAAGCGGUCGCUGUCGCUGCCGCGGCUCCGAGCGCAGCUGGGCCUGGUGCAGCAGGAGCCGGCCCUCUUCGAGCGCAGCCUGCGCGACAACAUCGCCUACGGAGACAACUCGCGCGUCGUGCCGCUCGAUGAGGUCAUACACGCCGCCAAGCAGGCCAACGUGCACGACUUCAUAUCCAGCCUACCGCUGGGGUACGACACGGUGCUGGAGGCGGGCAGCGCGGCGCUCUCCGGCGGGCAGAAGCAGCGCGUGGCGAUCGCGCGCGCCCUCCUCAGGCGGCCGCGCGUGCUGCUGCUCGACGAAGCCACCUCCGCUCUCGACGCCGCCAGCGAGAAGGCCGUGCAGGGGGCGCUGGAGGCGGCGUCCCGCGACCGCACCACCAUCAUCAUCGCGCACCGGCUGGCCACCGUGCGCCACGCCCACACCAUCUGCCUCGUCGACCAAGGCGUGGUGGUGGAGAGCGGCUCGCACGAGGAGCUGGUGCGCCGGCGCGGCCUCUACUGGCGCCUCCUGCAGCAGCAGGCGCACGAGGCCGCA